AACUAUCACCACUAAAAGAGACGAUGAGCGACGUAUUUCCGGUUAUGUAUACACCCGCGCCGGAAUGAACGAUAAGCCAAUUAAUUAAGCUGAUGCCUAACGGUCACAAGUAUCAUCGAUUCGUAUCAAUUGGUCGAGUUUGAACGGGGCUCACAGUUGUAGUAUAAAAAUCUAAAGCGGGAGAAACGUGAAGCGGGGCGAGAGACGCGCGAAAAAAAUAACGAAAACAACAAGAGAAGCGAGGAGAAGCAGCGAGAUGCCGAUUGAUUGUUAUUACUUACCGCCAAGUCCACCCUGUCGCUCCGUUAUGCUACUCGCAAAGGCCAUAGGCAUUCAUCUUAACUACAAGAUCGUAAAUUUCACGAAGGGGGAGCAUUUGACGCCGGAAUAUCUACAGAUUAAUCCGCAACAUACAAUACCAACCAUCAACGACAACGGUUUUAUUUUGUGGGAAAGUCGCCCUAUUAUGACUUAUUUAAUCAGCAAAUAUGCGAAAAAUGACUCCCUUUACCCGAAGGAUCCGAAGGAAAAGGCCAAAGUCGAUCAAAUGAUGUUUUUCGAUGCUGGCAGUCUCUAUUGUAAUAUGUUCAAAUGCUAUAUGCCGGUGAUCCGAGGUCUGGCCAAUUCAGUUAACGAGGCAGAUCUAGCUCGAGUGGAGAAAUCGGUCGAGGUGCUCAACGCUUUCCUCGACGGCAGAGAAUUCGCGGCCGGCGAUAAUCUGACCGUCGCCGAUUUUACGAUCAGCACAACUAUCUGCACGAUGCUGGUGAAUUUCAAGAUGCCCAUCGAUCUUUACCAAGUUCCCGGAAGUGCGCCAUGCCGGGCCGUGCGCUUGGCGGCGGCAGCCGUAGGAGUGGAUAUAAACCUGAAGAAUGUUGAUCUCAUGGCCGGCGAGCACCUGAAACCCGAAUUUAUUAAGAUGAAUCCGCAACAUACGGUACCCACAUUGGAUGAUAAUGGCUUGUACCUAUGGGAAAGCCGCGCGAUUAUGACCUAUCUGGUCAAUCAGUACGGCAAGGACGAUUCUCUCUAUCCAAAAGACCCGAAAAAACGCGCCUUGGUUGAUCAGAGACUAUACUUCGACUUGGGAACUCUGUAUCAAUCAUAUGCCGAUUAUUACUAUCCGCUGGUAUUUUCCGGCGUCACUCCUGAGCAAGCAAAAUUUGAUAAGAUAAACAAUGCCUUGAGUUUCUUGGACAAAUUCCUAGAAGGGGAAAAUUAUGUUGCGGGAAAAACCUUAACUCUCGCUGACCUUACCUUGGUCGUUACCAUUUCUAAUUUUAAGCUUAUAGACCACGACUUGAGUAAAUAUAGCAACAUUCUGAGAUGGUUUGCCAGGAUCCAAGCCGAAGCUCCCAAAUACAAUGAAAUCGAAAGCGUCGGUAUAAAGGCAUUUAAAGAUUUUGUUGAUAAUCUUCGAAAAAAGAAGUGAUCUCGUAACAUAGAUUUAACAGUUGUAUAAUGCAUUGGUGCUUUAAUAUUUUUACAGUUGUCUUGUAGUAUUUUUAUAUAUCAUAGAUUUCGAUUUUGCACAAAUAAAUUAUGAUUGUUAAACAAAUUAAGCGAGUGCUAAUUUAAUGGCAUUUAAUAUGUAGUAAAGACAUGUAAUAUUUAGAUUUAACAAGAAGCUUUAAAAAUAAAAAUAAAACAGAAUUAAAAAUCUGAAUUCUGGAAAAACAAGUUCGA